UCUGCGUCGGUUUAGUCUUAGAAAACGUUUUUUUUUUUUAUUGCCGCAUAUGUUUUUUUAUAUGUUAUUUUUUUUAAAAUAAAUCAUAGUAUAAUAUAGGUAUAACAUAUUGCACAUAUUGUUAUCAAUGAGAUUUGGUUACGUUUUUAUACUCAAUUUCUUACAUUGUACCUACGGCGAGAGACGAUUGAUUGGUGGAGAAGACGUUAAAACAGAAAAACGUUAUAUGGCAUACCUACUAAAAGCCAAAUCUUCCAUCCGUAACUAUGACGCGUGGAUUUGCGGAGGCGCCAUAGUCAGUCGCUGGUUGAUGUUGACCUCCGCGGCAUGCGUGGAAGAUGUGCAGAAUAUGUACGCAAUUGCAGGCACUGAGAUGUAUGUCAAAGAGGGUGAAUUGGACGACAAUGUAUGCACGCGCCAUAUGAAGAGGAAAGUUAUCUACACUUGGGUUCCUAUUGCCUACGACUUACAAUACGAUCAAGUAUCAAAGUGGUCCCAUAACGACGUUGCCAUAGUGACGGUCGAGAGACCCUUUGUAUCGAGCGCCAAAUCCUGGAGAGAUUGCUCCUACCGCCCUGAUAUCAUACCCGUCAACUUCGACCCCAAGUAUGAGGAACCAGGAACAGGCGCUAUUGUACUUGGAUGGGGUCAUACUAGCAAAUGGAGAUUUGUAAAUCCCUUCGUAUCGAGCUCCAGAUCCUGGAGAGAUUGCUCCUACCGCCCUGACGUCAUACCCGUCAACUUCGACCCCAAGUAUGAGGAACCAGGAACAGACGCUAUUGUACUUGGAUGGGGUCAUACUAGCAAAUGGAGAUUUGUAACUGUAGUGAAAGUUGAGAAACCCUUCGUAUCGAGCUCCAGGUCCUGGAGAGAUUGCUCCUACCGUCCUGACGUCAUACCCGUUAACUUCGACCCCAAGUAUGAGGAGCCAGGAACAGACGCUAUCGUACUUGGAUGGGGUCAUACUAGCAAAUGGAGAUUUUCAUACGUAGCUGUAGUGAAAGUUGAGAGACCCUUCGUAUCGAGCUCCAGGUCCUGGAGAGAUUGCUCCUACCGCCCUGACGUCAUACCCGUCAACUUCGACCCCAAGUAUGAGGAGCCAGGAACAGACGCUAUUGUACUUGGAUGGGGACAUACUAGCAAAUGGAGAUUUACGAACAGCACCGACGAUUUGAACCAAAGGCAACUUCAGUACGCCUCCGUAUCAGUUCUAGACAACGAAGAAUGUAAGAAGUCCUUCACAACACCUGAAAUGGAGAAACAAAUAGACGAUUACAUGAUUUGCACGUUCCACGAUGGCAAUUUGGAUGAGACGGGAAAGAUGAUUGGAUCCCGAAAAAAUGCUAACGUCGCCAUUACGGUUGACGGUGAAGAGAUUACCGAUAUGAAAAAAGUAGAAAAGUAUUUGAAUAGUACUCAGAAACGUUUUAAUUUAAGGGAUGGAAAUAUGGAAAACCCAAGAAGAAGAAAAGGAUUCUGUCAGAACGACCAUGGCGGUCCAUUAGUCACUUGGAUAAAUGAUAAAGAACACGUGAUCGGCAUAGCAUCCGUGUUCCGCGUUGACAACCAAUCCAACUGCAUGGGGCCAUUCCUGUAUACCAGCACUACGAAAAAUAGGGAGUUUAUUGAGUGCAUUCUUAGUCAAACCGAUGGUAAAGUAAGAAGAAGAUUGGUAUGCGAUACACCGAAGAAUGGCAAGGAAUUCGUUAUAAUACGCCGCUGCAUAAAAUGGACUGAUACCAACACUAAUAGGUGA